AUGUGCACGCCCCACUUGACGCCCGGGUUUAUCCAGAGCAUGGGACCGCAGGGCGGGUCGACGGUGGUCACGUGUCCUCGCGGCGAAACCAUUUCCGACAUCCCGUUCGCCUCGUAUGGCACGCCUUCAGGCUUGGCGGCGCCAGGCCAGUGCCACGCGGCCUCAAGUGAGUCGAUUGUCAAGGCCAGGUGCAUCGGGAAGCGGUCGUGCACGGUGGACGCGACGAACGGCAUCUUUGGUGACCCGUGCCCCGGUUUGACCAAGAGCUUGUUCAUUGCCGCGCAGUGCUCGAGUGCCAACUUGGUCGGCGGCUCGGUGCCCGACGGUUCGACGCUCACGAUUGCGUGCCCACUGACCCAACGGCUCGUGUCGAUCCCGUACGCUUCGUACGGAACACCGACCGGUGCCUACCCCAACUUUGUGACGACGUGGUGCAACGCAACCGACACGGCGACGGUCGUCACGACGUCUUGCGUCGGUCGCAACGCAUGCUCGGUCAAGGCCGACAGCAACGAGUUCGGCGAUCCAUGCCCGGGCGUCACCAAGCAGCUCUCGGUCGUCGCCAAGUGCGUUGACAAUAACCUCAUUGGUGGCUCGGUGGCGGACGGCGGGUCAGCGGCCAUCCAGUGCCCAGCGGGGCAGUACAUUGGGUCGAUUCCGUUCGCGGCGUAUGGGACACCGUACGGGACCUUUCCCGACUACUCGGCGCACGCGGCGUGCAACGCCGAGGGUGCAGCCGCCAAGAUCGCUUCGCAGUGCGUUGGCCGAAACAGCUGCGCCGUGUCUGUCUCCACCCAAACGUUUGGGGAUCCGUGCGAAGGCGAGGCCAAGACCCUCGACUGGACCGCCAAGUGCGCACCCAACAACGUCAUUGGCACGAUCGUCAAUGACGGCGGCAGCGCGACGCUGCAGUGCCCGCUGGGGCACUACAUGUCGGCCAUCAACUUUGCCUCGUACGGAACGCCGGGUGGCAGCUUCCCCGAUUACGCCAUCGACACGACGUGCCACGCCGCGAGUAGCACGUCGAUCGCAACGUCGGCGUGCGUCGGCAAGAGCACGUGCACGCUGCUUGCAAGCCCUGGAUCGUUCUCGGACCCGUGUCCGGGUGUCACAAAGAGCCUCGCGGUGUCGGCCGACUGCAUCUCCAACCUCGUGAUUGGCGGCACUGCGGCACAGAACACGAUGAUGAACCUCGCGUGCCCCAAGGGAGCGACCGUCCGCUCGAUCGACUUUGCGUCCUACGGCACGCCAACGGGGAAGCUCGGUGCGUUCGCUCUUAGCGCGUGCCAUGACCCCAACUCGGUCCGGAUCGUGCAGCAGGCGUGCUUGGGCAAGACGGGCUGCUCCAUCAGUGCGAGCAACAGUGUCUUUGUCAACAACUGCCGCCGCACGCAAAUGUACUUGGCCGUGCAGGCCACGUGUGCGACGCCGACGCCAGCGACGACUGCCUUGCGCACGCCAACGCCCAGUUAAGCUAACGUCGUACACGACGUGCGUAAUUCAAUGUGUCUUUUCUGCAUCCGACA